ACUUUUCAAUUUCAGGCCUCUUUUUCAUUCAAAGGCUCUUCUUUGAUUUGUGGGAAGAAGUGAUGAAAUCAUCAAUGAAAUCCUAAAGGAAAGAUGGUAUUCAAAGGAAGAUUCUUCUCUUCAAAGAAAUCCGACACUUCUAGCCCCGACGGAUCCAACAGUCCUCGAUCCUUCGGUUCCAAUUCCCCCAUCAGAUCCGAUAAAAAGAAAGUUAAAUCCCUCAAGGAAGAUCAACAGAUCAGUUCUACUUCUGGGUCUUCUUCUCGUCAACCUCAACUCAAAGAUGCUCUCAAACAGCCUCGUCUUAAGGAGAAGGAUUUGAAAACCAAAGAACCCACCCGCCUUCAGCCUCCAUCAGCCCAGCCGCCGCCGCCGCCUAGUGCUUCUUCAUCUGCUUCCAAGCCGAGAAAAGGAACGGAAGUGAAUGAAAUUCCCUCGUCUGUAACGCCGCUUCUUGCAUCAUCAUUGGGAUUGAAUAGAAUUAAAACUAGGUCAGGGCCUUUGCCUCAGGAGAGUUUUUUUGGGUUUAGGGGAGAAAAGGUAUCUGCUAUCGGUGUUAGUAAUCUAUCAAAACCCGGAAGUGGGAAUGGCUGUUCUUCUUCUUCGGCCACUGGUAAUGGCGAAAGGAAGCAAUCGAUCAAUCAGGGCAAGAUGGGUUCGAAUGAAAAUGUUGGUUUUGGAGGAUUGGCUGAUAAUAAUGGAAGCAAUUCAGAUAAUAUGUCAACUGGGAGUGACCCAUCUAGAGACCAGAGUCCAUUUGUCCAGACAAGGUCAAGACUUCAGAAUGAGGAAUCUUCAACUGAGGCUGGCCAAUUUAGUUCGUCUUUGAAUCGUUCCAGAGGCUUGAAAAGUUCUGAAUUAUGUAUCACACCUGAGAUGAAGACAUCUUAUGAUUUUGAAAAUCCGAAAGAGUCUGAAUCACCUCGUUUUCAAGCUAUUCUUCGCGUUACAAGUGCACCAAGAAAGAGGUUUCCUGCAGAUAUUAAGAGUUUCUCACAUGAAUUGAACUCCAAAGGUGUACGCCCUUUCCCACUUUGGAAACCUCGAGGACAGAAUAACCUGGAGGGUGUCUUGGUUAUGAUAAGAGUGAAAUUCGACAAAGCAAAAGAAGAGGUAGACACAGACCUGCAUAUUUUUGCCGCAGAUCUAAUUGGAAUCUUGGAAAAGGGUGCAGAAAUCCAGCCGGAAUGGCAAGAGACCAUCGAGGAUUUGCUGGUUUUGGCUCGUCGAUGUGCAAUGACAUCGCCUGGAGAGUUUUGGUUACAAUGUGAGAGCAUAGUUCAAGAAUUAGAUGACAGACGUCAGGAACUUCCUCCAGGGACACUCAGACAGCUACAUACAAGAAUGCUGUUCAUUCUUACUAGGUGUACAAGGUUGUUACAGUUCCACAAAGAAACCGGGAUGGCUGAAGAUGAAAACGUAUUUCAGCUUCGUCAAUCUCUUCAGGUCCCCGAUCCAGUAAAGGUGGGAAGGGUUGGGAUAAGUUCUAGUGCUGUAAAGCCCACGAAAGCAGUUCCAUCAUCAAGGAAAUCAUACAGUCAAGAGCAACAUGUUGAAAAGACAGUACAGACUGAAAAAACCCUUCUCCCUCCUUUGAAUAAAAUUUCAUCAUCUUCUCUCAAGAAUCCGAAAGAAUCGCCUGUUCCAGUGGUGGAGGAGCAGAAAGUUUCGUCGAAGAUAAAUAGAAAUAGACGAGUUAAUUCCGAUUUUGAUUUGGCUAUGGCUAAUAAGCCAUCUUCUUCUUCUCAAGCUGGUUCUUCCAAACAUCAGCAUAAAGCGUCGUGGGGUUAUUGGGGAGAUCAACCGAAUAUAUUCGAAGGGAAUUCGAUAAUAUGUCGGAUAUGUGAAGAAGAUGUUGAAACUUCGCACGUAGAAGAUCAUUCGGGAAUUUGUGCUGUUGCAGAUAGAUGUGACCAAAAGGGUCUUAAUGUAAACGAUCGUCUUGCAAGAAUAGCCGAGACACUUGAAAAGUUGGUGGAGUCUUAUAAUUCAAGUGUCCCUGAAGAUUCAGAUCUUCUUUCUCCAAAACUCAGUGAUUGGUCACGUAGAGGAUCGGAGGACAUGCUCGACUGUCUUCAUGAAACCGAUGGAUCUGGGUCUGCUUCUGGAUCUGUCGUUUUCAUGGAUGAUCUUAAAGCCAUGUCUUGUAAGACACGAUUUGGACCGAAGUCUGAUCAAGGAAUGACAACUUCGUCUGCAGGUAGCAUUACACCUCGGUCUCCAUUGUUGACACCAAGGACGAGUCAGUUUGACUUGUUGCUAUCGGGAAAGGGAUCGUUUUCAGAACAAGACGAUCUUCCACAGAUGAACGAACUAGCAGACAUUGCUCGAUGCGUAGCAAAUGCACCUUUGGACGAUGAUCGAUCAUCAUCAUAUCUACUUACUUGUCUCGAGGACUUGAGGCUUGUAAUAGAGCGGCGAAAGCUAGAUGGACUCACUGUAGAGACGUUUGGUACGCGUAUAGAGAAGCUUAUUAGGGAGAAGUAUUUACAGCUCUGUGAGUUAGUUGAUGAUGAGAAGGUUGAUUUAUCAAGUACGUUUACUGACGAGGAUGCAGCGUCGGAAGACGAUGUUGUACGAAGCUUGAGAGCUAGCCCUGUUCAUCCUUCUAAAGACAGAACAUCCAUAGAUGAUUUUGAGAUCAUAAAGCCAAUCAGUCGUGGGGCAUUUGGUCGGGUUUUUCUUGCGAAAAAGAGAACAACAGGGGACCUUUUCGCUAUGAAGGUUCUUAGAAAGGCAGAUAUGAUUUGCAAAAAUGCUGUUGAGAGCAUUUUGGCAGAGCGUAAUAUUUUGAUAUCUGUUCGAAAUCCUUUUGUGGUUCGCUUCUUCUAUUCAUUUACUUGUCGGGAAAACUUGUACCUUGUGAUGGAGUAUUUGAACGGUGGAGAUUUGUAUUCGUUGUUGAGAAAUCUCGGCUGUUUAGAUGAAGAUGUUGCUCGUGUAUAUAUAGCCGAAGUUGUUCUUGCUUUGGAAUAUUUGCACUCUCUUAAUGUAGUUCAUCGUGAUCUAAAACCCGAUAAUUUGUUGAUCGCACAUGAUGGGCACAUUAAGUUGACUGACUUUGGGCUUUCAAAAGUUGGGCUAAUCGAUAGCACAGAUGAUUUAUCUGGUCCGGCAGUUAGUGGAACGUCGUCGUUAAUGGGAGAAGAUGAAAAUCAAUUGCCAAGUUCUGAGCGUAAUCAACAAAGGAAAACCCGAUCUGCAGUUGGAACACCUGAUUAUUUAGCACCUGAAAUUCUUUUAGGAACUGGGCAUGGCACGACAGCUGAUUGGUGGUCUGUGGGUGUUAUCUUAUUCGAGCUGAUUGUUGGCAUUCCGCCUUUCAAUGCAGAGCAUCCUCAGAUGAUAUUUGACAAUAUUCUGAACCGGAAGAUACCAUGGCCAAAUGUGCCGGAAGAAAUGAGUUAUGAUGCACACGAUCUAAUUGACAGGUUACUAACCGAGGAUCCUCAUCAGAGACUCGGAGCCCGAGGAGCAGCUGAGGUGAAGCAACAUCCAUUUUUCAGAGAUAUUAACUGGGACGACACUCUUGCCAGACAGAAGCAAGCUGCGUUCAUACCUGCAUCAGAGAGUGCACUUGACACGAGUUACUUCACGAGCCGAUACACAUGGAAUCCUUCGGAAGAACAUGUGUAUCACACGAGUGAACUGGAAUACGACGAUAGUGAAAAUGGAAGCACAACUGGUAGCAGUAGUUGUCUGAGCAAUCGCCAAGAUGAAUUGAGCGAUGAAUGUGGCGGUCUUGCUGAGUUCGACUCGGGUUCUUCUGUCAACUAUUCCUUCAGUAACUUCUCGUUUAAGAAUCUAUCGCAAUUGGCAUCAAUCAAUUACGAUCUGCUAUCUAAAGGAUUGAAGGAUGAUGCCCAGACGAGGCGUGAUGUGUAGACCACCUAUCAACGAUCUUCGACGUCGAAGAUCGUUUGGCUAUUUUUGUACACCCAUCCUGUAAAUAGAAAGAGCGCUCGGAGGCUGAUCCCGACACAAACAAUUUUCGCUUGUGUUAUUUUAGAGUGAGUUUUACUAUUUUAUUCGGUUUGACUGACUUAAGUUUGUAUCGUAAACCCGACAUCUUGUGCAAUGAAAAUUAUCCUGUUUCUGCCUGUUAA